AUGCACACAGCUCUAAAGAAGCCCAGGAAGUCAUUGGAAGAGUUGAAAGAGGUCAUCACCCUUCCUCAGAAAGUCAUUGGGUUUUCUAGCAGGAUUCCGCUCCAGCUCACAAGACCAAGUCAACUUAGCAGUGGCUGCAAAAGAACAUUCCAGAGUUCAUCUCUGCUUCGGAUUGGCCCUCAGGAAGCUCUGAUCUCAACCCAAUAG